ACCAUUUUGUCUUUUGAAAGGAAGCCACAGAAAUCGCCUACAAGCGCAUAUUGGAGAAAGCUAAGUUUGGUUUUGUACAAUUAUGGCCUGGAUAUUCUUAGUCGUCGUUCCUUUUCUGGUUGCUGUUAAUGUCUCCAAAUGCUUACGUAUCGUAACACUGGAUGUUCCUUCCGAAGUCAGUCGAGGGCAGAACGUAGAAAUUUCUUGCAUUCCUGAAAUGAAGAAGGGUAACUUUACAGCUUUACUAUGGCACAAGGACGGAAAAUUAUUUUUCAAAUUUUCUCCCGCUUUCUCUCCGAAAGUAGAAAUCCUACAUGUACCAGGCGUAAAGGUCGAUCCUUGGAGAUCUGGACUUCAAUCUGUUCUUCUAAAAGAUGUAGACCUGAAGAGCGAGGGAAUGUACAGCUGCUCUGUAAUUUCGACUGAAGGUUUGGUGGAAGCGAAAAAGGAAAUGAAAGUGAUUGCUUUCCCGAAAAAGGCACCCAAAAUUACAGGAAGCCGAACAGAGUACCGUGUUGGAGAUGUUCUUGAAGUUAACUGCAAAUCAAGCCACUCAAAGCCAGCUGAAGCUCUGCAAUGGUACAUAAAUGACCAUGAGUUACUAGAAGGAAAUCAUCCGCAAAAGCUUGCAGAUGUAUUUCGCUCUCCAUCUCAAAAAUUUGGAACGCUGAAUUAG